AUGGCUAGUAGACACCCACCAGUCAACCCAUAUGCGGGGAAGCGCUCUACCGCUCCACAAACUGAAGCAAUGGGACGCCAAAGUCAACAGAGAAAUUCUCAACAGAAAAGAAAGCACCAACUCGCAGCUGCCAACAACCCCAAUAAGAGGAAAGCGAAGAGAGGAGAACAGCCUGACCUUGAAGGAAACGCAGCCUUUGAUCCUAUACAAGACUGUAUUAUUUGCAAGGCAGUGGCAGCAGGAAGAAAGCCACCACACAGAGGUCACGACAAGAGGUGCCUGAAGAAUCGCGCAACCAAGGGUAGAGGAGACCUCCACGAGCAAACCUUAGCAAGUGAGAAGGAGGCAAAGAGGCUGCAGAAGUUGAUGAACACUGACCUGACAGAGGCGGAGAAAGGCAGUUGGCGUUACUCAACCAAGGAAGCUGGAGAAAAGUUCUUUGCUGCGCACACUUCCAGCUCUUCCAAGAAACCAACAAAGAAAAUUGCGAUGGUGGAAGAACUCUCACCACAAUACCUGUGCAAAGCUGUGACCACAAGGCUGGAGGACACAAUAUUCUGUGAGAAGCACAAGACCAAGUCAGCUCCACUUGCAAUGCUUGCGUUUGCUGGGGAAGUGGCAAAGAACAUCAUUGGUGGGAAAAAGAAAAAUGAUUAUCUUAUUCAACGCCACUUUGAUGGGCUUACCAUGACGGUGCCUUACUUUCGAGGUGAAAUGAGUCCACAGUACCAUUCAAUCGUUGGGCAGAAGCUGCUGUAUGUCGACUGGGAAAGGAUGGGAAUCCAAGUCCCUUGCCCUGAUGCGUCUUGCUCUGGAGAGUUACAAAAUCAGAGGUCACAGUUCUCAAAGAAUCAAACUCUGUUCCCCAUCUUCACGAUCGAUGGAUUACCUUCGUGGUGUAUUACCAUGAACAUGAAAUGCAGCUGCUGUAAAAGAACCUUCGAUUCGAACUCAGCUGAUGUUUUGGUGGCGAUUCCCACCCAUGCUUCCAACCUCUAUCCAGUCGAGACAAAGUAUGCCUCCACGGGAACCUAUCACCUCAGUCGAUCCACCACUCAAGUUUUCAGUUCGAUUAUGCUGACCUACGGAAAUGGGGAACUCUGCAGUAGGCUACUCUACGAUGCAAUCAAUCGAGAGUAUGUUCAAAAGGCCUCAUCCUACUAUUCGUUAUGUCAGCACAUCAAACAGAUAUCACCGGAUGUCACUCUUCAACCAUAUGUCCAGAAGGAUGGAACCUUUAUCAGACAGUUCCCACCACUGGGAGACACCAUCAGAGACCUCUUCGAUCAGGCUGCGUCCUCCAGCAAGAAUCCUUGGGGUAUCAGUGAUAAUGAGAGGCACACAAGAGAAAUUCAAAGUGUCAAGUGUGACGGUAUCUUCUCUCAGGAUCACACAUUCCAAGCGACCAAGAACUAUCAAAAGAGCCUUGGUGCUGAAGCGGUUUGGGAUGUUGCCACUUCGACUGGUGAAAUCGCCACUGCUGUUCUUGUCCCAACAACAAAAACAAAACACUUCUCCCAUGCAGCGAAACAGCUGACUGAAAGGGAAGGGUUCAAUCCGAAAGCGAUGUACUCGGAUACCUGGCCCAAUAAGCAAGACUUCUGGCACCGACUGUUUCCAGGUCUCGAAGGAAGACUCGGUCUGUUUCAUUUCGAAAAGAGAAUCAUCAGCACUUUGAGGAAAAACCACAUCGAUCAUGGGAAGGCAGUGUCUGGUCUGUUGUCAUGCCUUUAUUCAUACGUACCCGAGGACUAUGAAAAGGUUCUCAAAGCACUACGAAAUGGAUCACUCUCUGCGACUGGUCGGAAGUAUUCCAACAACGACAUUGCUCACAUGAAAUCCACUGGCGUCUUCCGACGACGAUAUGGGAAGUAUCUUCGUAAGCAGAUGAAAUCUCCUGAAACAAUAAGGGAAAGACUGGAUGACUGGUUUGUUAGAUACAAGGUCACAGCUUCUACUGGAAGCAGACCGGCUGAAGGUCGGCUGGACCCGUACAAGGGCUAUACUCUUUUCACAGCUGAAACAAAAACAGCUGUUGAGAACUGUAAGGAGAAGGCUGUUCAUUUGGUUGAUCCAGUGCCAUUAGAAGAGAUGUACGAUGCAAUCUUACCAUCUCCCAAUUCGAACCAUGGUCUCACAGAGUAUCUCUCACGUCGCGGAGAGUCAAAGCUGGAAGCGUUUCAUGAUCGACUGGCAAACUUUGCCAAUGGCGGAAUGCGUCGCUCGCUCUGUGACAACCUAUCCCUCUGUGGCACGGCGAGGUACAAUCUGGGGAUCAGACACAAGCGAGCAUUGAUUAAGGCACAGCCAGAGGAGAGGAAGAACAUACCAUCAGGAUGGGACCGCGUUGUUGCUUUUUGGAACCACACAGAACUCUGGUUUAUCAAUGACAUGGCCACUGCCGUAGGUUUGCCACUGCCAUUUCCAAAUGCAGAGAAAUUGAAAGAAGACAAUGGUGAGCGAUUCUUUUCAGAAUACAUGGCAACUGUCAAACCAAACAAGCAGUUAUAUGCAGCAGAUUUCUGUUUGUGUGAUGUGUGCGUCAAGGUACCAUUUCGACAACCACAACAGCAAGAAACUCCAUCGGCAGAUUCAAAUUCAAACACAUCGGAUAAUUCAAACGGACAAACGGAUACCACCAUGGUAGAUGCAACAGUCGACAAUGUAAGUGAUCGCCGUCCUCGCCAACAGCAAGAAGCACCGGCACCUCCACCACCUGUAGCAGCAGCACCAGUGGCGCAAGGAGUGCCACUCGCACCAUGGCCAACACCGGCUGCCAUCAACCAAUUUUAUUGGAUUCAAAUGGCCCCAUUAACUCCUCCACCAGGCGGCUGCUGUGAGCCUUUCAAAGCAUGGCUACGGCGGACUGGUCGUAAGGGAGCACCGCCCCAUCUUCUCUGUUGUCCCUACAAGGACAUCGUAAAUGGGUAUACGUACAUUAACAACAGUUAG